AUGCCGUUGAAGAUAGGGAUUCCAAAGAAAAACGGAUUCACUGAAUUUGUUAGUUCGUAUAAAGAUCCUCGUACCAAUAAGACACAUGCCAAUGGAUUUUCCGUAGAUGUGUUCUGUGCUGCAUUAACGUUGUUACCUUUGAAGGUGAAUCCAGAGUUUCUCCCAUUUGAGAACGAAGAUGGAGAAAGUUUAGGGACUUACGAUGACCUUCUUAAGAAUAUAUCUGUCAAGUAUGAUGCAGUGGUGGGAGAUGUGACAAUAAUGGCAAAUCGGGUAUCAUGGGCUGAUUUCGCAUUGUCAUAUGUUGACUCCAGUGUUUAUAUUCUUAGUUACACUGCAAAUUUGACAGCAAUGUUGACAAUAGAUCAGCUACGACCAUACUUCAAUAAGGAAGGCAAUUACAGUGUUGGAUACCAAGAAGGUUCCUUUGUGAAAGAUUUUCUAAUACAACAGAAGAACUUCAGCGAGUCUCGUCUCAGGGCAUAUUCGACCAUGACCGACUAUCAUAAAGCCUUGUCGAACGGAAGUGUAGCUGCCAUAUAUGACGAGCUACCCUACAUCAAGCUCUUCCUCCGCAAGUAUGGUUCUGAUUACACGGUCGAUGGACCAAUACUCAGAACAAAUGGAUUUGGCUUUGCAUUCCCUUUGGACUCUUUCUUAGUCCCUUUAAUUUCAAGGGCAAUCACAAAUGUUACUGAUGGAGGGACAAUGGUUGAGAUUGAACACAAGUAUUUUGGAAAAAAACAGAUUUCCGAAGUUGAAAUUACACGACUCCCUGAAAAAACUCCCAGCCUUGACUACUUUAACUUUAUAGGCCUCUUUAUUGUCACGGGGAGUAUAAGUUUAGCAAGUUUAUUAUGCUCUGAGAUUUGGCGAUCGCGAAGACCUGUCCAAAACGUGCCUUCUGCCGGGGAAGUUAAUGUGAAUGGAAACGUGCCAAUAAUUGACAAUCAGGUUGAACAGCAACCUACAACUUCUAACCAGUGUGUCGAAAAUGUGCCUUCUACUGGGGAAGUUAAUAUUACUGGAGAUGUGCCAAUAAUUGAGAAUCGGGUUGAGCUGCAACCCACCACUUCUAACCAGAGUGUCGAAAAUGUGCCUUCUACUGGGGAAGUUAAUGUUAGUCGAGAUGUGCCAAUAAUUGAUAAUCAGGUUGAGCCUAACCAGAGGGUCCAAAGCAUGCCUUCUACCGGGGAAGUUAAUGUUAGUGGAGAUGUGCCAGUAAUUGAAAAUCAGGAUCAGCUGCAUCUGACAACUUCUAACUAG